AUGCAUCCCGUCCCCUCUAUUCGUGCGCUCCACGCCCUCCGCGCCCUCACGCGUCCGACAAUCUCUGCUCCCUCCAAGCACACUUCUGCAGUAGUCCUCCUCCGAGUUCCCGCGCCGCCGCGUGCUCCGCAGCAUCGAGCAUUCUCGACGACCCCCGCCCACGCGGUGACGCUGAACCAGAUCCGCACGCGUCUAGGCAACUCGCGCAAGCCCAAAAAGGUCCGCCACGCCGUCUCGCCGGCCCUCAGCGCGGCCAACAGGCCCGCCAUGAAGGGCGUGUGUCUCAAGGUCGGCAUCACCAAGCCCAAGAAGCCCAACUCUGGCCAGCGCAAGACCGCAAAAGUCAGACUUUCCAGCGGCAGGGUCGUCUCGGCGUAUAUCCCCGGAGAGGGCCACAAUGUGCAACAGCAUAGCGUUGUGCUGGUACGAGGUGGGAGGAGUCAGGAUUGUCCUGGUGUCAGGUAUCAUUUGGUCAGGGGGGCAUUUGAUUUGGUGAGUUUGCUGUUCUGUCUUUCCUCCACGUAUUUGGGUCACUACGGGGUCUGUGAAUCGUUGGGCGUGUUCUUCGGUAUUGUGGAGGAAUAG